AUGUUUCGUUUUUUGCCCAGUAAAGUAUUCACGACAAUUUCAAAUAAAAUAGUAAAAAAAAAAACUUUUAAUGUGUUAGGAAUUGAAACUUCAUGUGACGAUACAGCUGUUGCGAUAGUUAAUUCUGAUCGUCAAAUCAUAAGUGAAGCCAUACAUCUUCAACAACACCUUCACGAACCAAAUGGUGGGAUAGUUCCUAACUUAGCAAUGGCAAGUCAUCAACAAAAUUUACCAUUGGUGGUUCGUGAAGCUUUAGAUAAAUCAAAUUUAGAUUUGAUUCGUGAUAUCGAUGUGAUUGCCGUGACUAGAGGACCGGGACUUCCAGCCUGUUUAGGAAUUGGUCUAAGUGCAGCAAAAACUUUGGCAGCAGCUCUAUGGAAACCAUUAAUAGGUGUACAUCAUAUGGAAGCACACGCUUUAACUGCACGUUUAACAAGCCCAGGAUCUGAAUUAUUACAAUUUCCAUUUUUAACUUUAUUGAUAUCUGGAGGACAUACUUUAAUUUUAGUUACUCAUAAUGUUAAUCAGUAUACACAACUCGGUACAACAUUGGAUGAUUCGAUUGGUGAAGCAUUUGAUAAGACUUCGCGCUUGUUGGGAAUACCAUGGGUAAAAGGUCGUAGAGGUGGACCUGGUGCAGCAUUGGAACAAUUGGCUUUAGAAGGUGAUCCAAAAAAGUACUCGGUUACAAUACCGAUGAGAGGAGAAAGACAAAGAUAUUCUAUGGAUAUGAGCUUUAGUGGUUUGAAAACAGCAAUAAAUAAUUUAAUCACUAAAUAUGAUUUAGAUUUAAACGAUUCAAUUAUAAAAAAAGAUUUAGCCAUAACGUUUCAACAAACUGCAAUUAAACAUUUAACUGAUAAAAUGGAAUUGGCAUUUCAAUGGUGCAAAAAAAAUAAUAUCUCUUUAACGUCAUUAGUUGUAAGUGGUGGUGUAGCAAGUAAUAAAAAUAUUCGUGAAAGGUUGCUUACAAUUGUUAGCAACUCAAAAACACAACGUACAGUUAAUUUGCCCUCCACCACAUUUAUGUACUGA